ACUUUUGUUCAUAAUUUCAAUAAUGGGUGAUGUUCAUGGAACAAGAACAACUCAAGAGUUGGUUCCCCAUUUCAAUUGGAUUGAAGACUCCGUGGGACAUUAUCUAUUAGUUCAUCUUCCUGGUUUCGAAAAGGAGGACGUGAUGGUUGGGGUUGCUUACCCAGGCUAUGUGACAAUCAGUGGAGAAAGAACAGCAAAUGAUGAGAAAUCCAUAUAUUUCGGGCAAGCUUUGAAAUUACCAGACAAUCUAGACAUGAAUAAGAUGGAUCAAUCUUUCGAGGACGAAACGCUGUGCCUCACUUUUCCCAAGAGAAUAGUAAGAGAUGAAAAAGACCACGACUCCAGUACCACUGCAGAAAAGCAUUCAGCAGAAGAAGUAAUCAAUAUAGGAGAAAAUCAAAGAGAAUAUGAAGGAGAUUGCCAUCCUCCUGUGAAUGAAGAACAAAGCAAGAUAAGUGAUAAUCAUGUUAUCGAUGCACAUGAUGGGAUGAGAAACGAGGAGGGAACAUUGGAGAGGGCUAUCAAAUUGCUUAACAACAAUAUGGCCGUAACGUUUGUUUUGGCAUUUUCUUUGGGGGUUCUUGUGUCUCGGUGGUUUGGAUCAAACAUGCAAUCUGGUUUGCAUAUCUGUUCAUAG